AUGAAUAACUAUCAUCCGAAUUUUGAUCAUUGUUGGUCACGAAAACAAAAGAGUAAUCCAAAUAUCUCAACAAAUAAUUUCAAAGCUAUUAAAAAAUUGGGUAAAGGUGCAUUUGGUUUUGUUUAUUUAGUCAAAUGGUAUUACAAUGAAAAUAAUAUUCAUGAAAAUUUUCUUUGUGUAUUAAAAAUUGCAAGUAAACAACAAUUAAUGAAAAAGAAAGCACAUAUAUUUGCUUUAAGAGAAAGAGAUAUAUUACAAUGUUGUCAUCAUCCGAAUCUUGUUAAAUUAUUCACUUCAUUCAAAGAUGAAUCAAAUAUUUAUUUAGUUCUUGAAUUUAUUGCUGGAGGUAAAGCUUUUUAUUAUCAUUGA